AUGAUACGAGGGAAACCAGAUGAGGACGAUUACUGGAACAGCUCAAAGAUCCAAAACAAAGCUUUUACGUUUGAUGACGAUGAUGACGAGUUCACAAGGCUGAAAGAGUCUAAGCGCGCGGUGAACAGCAUCAUCAGUUUUGAUGAAGACGAUGAUGACGAUGACGUGGAGAAAGUCAGCUGGAGCGGAGAGCCUGUUGGAAGCAUCUCCUGGUCUGUUAAAGAAACUGCCUCCAGUAUCCGUACAGCUGGAGAAACGAGGGAGCUGGGAUUCCCCAAAAUUGACACCACUCCAUCGUUACCCAAACAGGGCUCCAGCUACUCCUUAAGUUCUUUAUUUAAAGUGAAGAGUAAGGCUGGAGGGUUUCAGUCCUUCUCAGAAUCUAUUAGUGACACUUCUGUUAGAACCUACGCGCCGGAGCUUCGGAGGCCUAAAGCAGAAUGCAAGGACUUCAUCAGUGACUGGACCCCUGAGGAGACAGUGAGGAGGAUGCAGAGAGGAAGGGUGUACUCUCUGGAGAAAUUCCGCUCCCUGCAGGACAAACUGCUACUGCUGGACGAGGCUGUGAGUGCCCAUGACGGCAACGUCAUCACUGCUGUCUUAAUAUACUUAAAGAAGUCUUUGAGUAAAGAAAUCCUGUUCAGAGAACUGAUGUGUAGGGAGGUUGCUCUGAGACACUAUGUUCACUAUGUGAAGGAGAUGGGAGAGCAGAGACACCUGCUGGAUCUCCUCAAGGCUCUGGGCAGAACCGGGGAUAUGGCGCUGAUGCAGUAUAAAGAACACCUGAACAUGAAGGACGAAAACAGAAAAAAAGAGUUUUUAAAAAGCUGCCUCAGCCUGCCUUUCUCACAGGAUGACGCCUCUCAUGUCAUGGACCACUACACGCUGCUUGAGCGACAGAUCAUUAUAGAGGCGGCAGACAAGAAGGCAGAGAGCAUGGGUCAGAUGGACGUUUUUAAGAAGUUCCCAAGAAAAGCCUCCAUUUUGAACAUGCCAAUCAUAACCACGCUGUAUUACUCAUGUUUUUACCACUACGGUGAACCUGAAGGCACGUACAGCAGCCCAGUCAACAUCCGCAAAACCUUCAGGAUCUCAGACAAGCAGUACAUUCUCACUGCUCUGGGGGCCAGGGCCAAGCUGAAGUCCUGGGUCGACGUGGACAGUUUAUUCAACACUAAGGGCUGGUUCGGAUACAUGACGAAGAAAUCUCCUGUCGGUUUUCACAGAGUUGUGGACAUACUGCACAAAAACAAUGCCCCUUUACAGGUUCUGCAGGCUUACCUGAAUCUGAUUGACGACACAGAGCUGAAGAUCAGUCUGGCCCAGAAAUACAAAUGUCACGACGUCGCUAUCAACACAUACAGAGACCUAAAGGAUCGACAGCAGCUGAUCGUUUACCGCGGGAAAGUGGAGAGGGGAUCAGACGAAGACCGAAAAAUCGAAGAGCUGCUGAACAGUACGCAAAUCCGGUGGAAAAACUGAUAAGGUGUCCAGGGCCCAGCCAGAGGCGUGGCCUGACCGAGGGGUGUGGCCCGACAGAUGGGUGUGGUCCGUUAGAGGGGCGUGUCCCGGCUGAGACAUUGAUACACAGCCAGUCUGGGACAUUACUGGACACUUUGCUUUUUUUAAACAGCUUCUCUUAAGGAGCGUUUGUCUGAACAGACUAU